UCUUCUUUACAAGAACUGGACCUUUCGCAUAACACUUUUUCAAGCCAAGAUUCUCGUUCGUUGUCGUGGAUGGCCAAGUAUAGUAAACUUACUUACUUAGGCCUUUCACAAGUCAACUUGUUUGGUGAAAUUCCCUCUUGGCUCAUGAACCUAACACAUCUUACUCAUUUAUAUAUGAGCCAGAAUGAAUUAAAGGGUCCUAUUCCAUAUUGGCUUAUGAACCUCAGCCAAUUAACGCAACUAUCAUUGUCAUCUAAUCGUUUGAUUGGCAAUAUCCCUUCUCAAAUUAGAAACCUAAUGCAACUGCAGGUUCUUGCACUUGGUUCAAAUAUAUUGCAAGGCGCAUUUCCUAUCGCUCUCUAUGACCUCGAGAAUCUUCUUGCGCUUGACCUCGCUUCAAAUAAUCUGAAUAGCACAGUAGAUAUGAACAUGCUUUUUUAUAAACUCAGAAGUUUAAAAUUUUUAAUUCUUUCCUCAAACAAUUUAUCGUUGCUCACCGACACCAAAGUUCAUACAAAAUUUCCAAAACUUUCAGUUCUCCAAUUGCGGUCGUGCAACCUUAUUGAGUUCCCAAAUUUCUUGCAGAACCAAGAUCAAUUAGAGAUUCUAGACCUUUCCUCAAACAAGAUAGCUGGCCAAAUACCUGGAUGGUUUUUGAAUUCAAGUGUGGUUUUGCUAAACCUGAACCUUUCCAACAAUCUUUUAACGGGCUUUGACCAACAUCCUCUUAGUUUUUCAUGGACUCGACUAGGAAGUUUAGACUUAAGUUUAAAUAAGUUUCAAGGACCACUUCCAGUUCCCCCACUAUCCACCUGGCGUUAUUUAGCUUCGUACAAUAAUCUGACGGGGGAAAUUCCACCAGCUUUAUGCAAUUUGAAUCAGUUGGAAAUUCUCGAUCUAUCUCACAACAACUUAAGUGGCAAGCUUCCACAGUGUUUGGGAAAUUUCAGUCAUUUCCUAGAACUACUAAAUCUGAAAAAUAACAACUUUAGUGGAGGUAUUCCUGAAAACUUUGUGAAUGGAGAAAACUUGGAGAUGAUCAAUUUAAGCCAAAAUCAAUUACAAGGGAAAAUUCCGAGAUCACUGGCCAGUUGUACAAAGCUAGAAUUUCUUGAUCUUGGAAACAAUCAAAUCAGUGAUACUUUUCCAUCUUGGUUGGAAACUCUUCCAAAUUUAAAAGUCCUUAUCUUACAAUCUAAUAGAUUAAGGGGUGCCAUAAAAGAGCCUGAAACAAACUAUGCUUUUCCGAAACUACAAAUCAUCGAUAUCUCCCAUAAUAGAUUUACAGGUCAUCUUCCAUCAAAAUACUUUCAAUCUUGGGAUGCCAUGAAAGUUGUCAAUGGAAGCUCACUAACAUAUAUGCAAGAUCAGGUGUUUGGUGAACUCGACACAGGUAUUGAUGAGAGGAUUGAUCUUUUACCAUUGAUUUAUGGUUACUCAAUGCAAUUGAGUACCAAAGGCAUAGAGUUGGAGUACAGAAGGAUCUCAAAUCUCCUCACAACCAUUAUUUUCUCGAGCAACAAAUUUGAAGGACAGAUUCCAGCAUCCAUUGCAAAUUUAAAAGGGUUUCAUUUUCUUGCUCUUUCGAACAAUAAUCUCAAAGGCUCCAUCCCACCAUCCAUGGCAAACCUAACAGAGUUGGAAUCAUUGGACCUUUCCAAUAACAAGCUCUCAGGACAGAUUCCUCAACAACUGGAAGACCUCACAUUCCUUUCAUACUUCAAUGUCUCAAAUAAUCAUCUCACUGGUCGCAUACCACAAGGAAAACAAUUUGAUACAUUUGAGAGUUUUUCGUUUGAUGGGAACCCAGGAUUGUGUGGAAAGCAGAUAGCAAAAAAAUGUGAAGAUUCUCAGCCUUCAGAAAAAGAAGGAAAUCCUGCAGGCUCGAAGUUUCCACUUGAAUUUGGUUGGAAAAUAGUUCUAACAGGGUUUGCAAGUGGGAUAAUUGCUGGAGUGGCUCUUGAGCAUGCUUUUUCUCCAAGGAUAAAGGUAUUGUUCAUGAAGAUUUUCGAAAGGAAGCUCAUGAAUACAUUCGGGAGAAAGAGAGCUCACAGAAGCACGAUAAAGGGCAUUUCAGUCACAUUUUAAAGUUUCGUCGGGGCUGAAAACGAAAGAAUGGAAAUGUUGGGUUUGCAUUAACGAAGGGGAGAAAACUAGACAUUUUUGGAGAAAAAGCUGAUGUUACGGGGUUACAUUAGAAAUAAGAGAAUUCAAGGGUGAAUUUUAAAACUUUUGGAAAGUUUAAAUUAUAAAAAGGGCUGAUUUUUGCCCGGGUGAAGAAAGAAGAAAACUGAGAAGAAAAGAAAGAGAGAAGGGAAGAGAGAGAAGGGAGAAAAGAAGAAAGAAGGAAGAUAGAACGUUCGGCCGAGAGGAGGAAGGGAAGAGGAGAGAAAAAGGGAAAGAAAAAGACAAAUGAGGGAGGGAAAGUGAGGUGAAGAGAAGGAUGAUGCUUGAGGCAGCUGGGCAUUUCGGGUUGAGCUGAAUUUUUUUGUUCCCAGGACAAUCAUGCCGAACAGUGAGUUUUCCGCUUAGGGUUGUGCCACGCAUCUCCAGAUUUCUCGUGUAUUUUGUUUUUGUUUUGAGGGCAAGUUUUAUAUUUUAUGUAACCGACUGAUUUUUUAGACAUUGUCAAAAACAGUUAUGUUCUUAUUUCCGGAUUUCAAGUGUGUUCUAUUUCCAUGUAUUUUACUCUAUGUUUCUAGACUUUUUUUCAAGUUGCUCAUGACAUAUUGUUUUCAGAUUUCCAAUAACACGUCUACUUUAUUUAUGUAUUUAUGGGAAUAAAUAUUAUUGAUAUGUGGGUUUUAUUCAGAGAAAAAACAGAUUUUCACAGGUUUUUCACACGGCACGUCUUGGUCACCCAAUUCUCUUGGGAGCGCCCGGAUCCUGUGUGAUAGGAGGGGUCGGGAUGGGUUGUGUCACUAUUGUUCAGCCUCAAGAAUCUCGAGCCACUGUCAUUAGGUAAUUGCUCUAGACUUGUGGCUUUCCCAGAAGAAGGGUUACCCAAUACCAGCCUGAAGUCUCUUUUAAUUUUGUCAUUUUACCGUCUGAAGUCUCUUCCCAAUUAUUCAAGUUUGCAUCGCCCUCAAAUUUGAAAGCACAAUAUGUAGCUUAUUGUGAAAGACUUAUUCCUGUCUCUAAAUGGAGGCUGCGUGGACUCAAGCAUCUUAAAAAACAAAUCAUUUUCUGGGGAUGCCCAUGAACAGAACUUGAAGAUAAGUAAUGAGUUGCUUUGCCGGGGACUACUUUCUUACAAGUAUAAAUAGUGGUGAAAUGUCAAAUUUCUCACGCUGAUUUGGAGAAUUUUGACAUUUCACCAAAUUCUCAAGCAUUUUGGUUUUGAAAAUAUAUUGAUUUUGAGUUGAUGAAGUUAUAAAUUUGACUUAGCUGAAUCCUGAAUGCCACUAUUUCUGCAACAAUAUUUAUACAAUCAGCUAAUAGAACAAAUAAUAAGUCUGUGUUUUAGUAACCAACAUUUUUAAUAUCACAUGGAGAGCAAACAUAGCAACAUUACUGCCACUAGAGAAACUCCAAUGUUGGCAACAUUGGUUUUGUCACUUGAAAUUGGUGCAAGAACAGGAGGACCACUGGUAGAACUAGACCUGAAGUCGAACUCAGUAUCAUCUGGAGUGGAGCCGUUGGCACGGCAGGUAAUGGUGGGUCAACGAUAUCUGCUAUAUUCAAGGAUGGGCUUGGGGCCCUUGUCGGCGGCUGUACUGGUUCAGGUAUUAUACUAAGCAUAUCCCCAGGUGUAAUGGGUAAAAUUGUAUAAGGCAGAUCAGCAUUGAGGUCAGAACAUGGGCUUCCUGCAAUUUUUUAAAAGACAACAAUGAGGAGGAGACGCUCACAUCUCCGGAGAAAUUCCCAGUGGAGAUUGUUCUUCAAUCCAAGCCUCCUUAUGAUAUGAUCAAGAAAUGAAAGAGGAGUCACAAGAUGCAUCUUCCAUUUGAGGGCAGAAAGCAGCAAGAGCUCCAUUCUCUGAAUGGCUUUGGCCUCGAAAACUAUUUGACAAUAGGGGGUUUUGCGUCAUUACUGAUAUUUUUUUUUUCUGGGGUUAUAGCAAAAGUAACACGUUUUUCAGAAGUGAAUGAAAAUGUGUAAUGAGGCUGGUUUGAGUUGGGCCCUUGGAGACCCGUUCUCCAUGUGGGCAGCCAUUGAGCUCCUCAGGGUUCCAGUUUCAAGCUGUGUUUGCUCAAGGCUGAACUUGAGCCUGCAUUUAUAUGCUCUAAUUUGGUUUUGUUUUUCUCUUGUAAGCUUGGAAAGGGACUAAAUUUCUCAAGUUCUCAGAGAACGCUUGAAUUGCUGAAAUAAAAUCCAAUUUUCAA